AUGAAUCCAUUCCUGAUCCUUACUUUUGUGGGAGCUGCUGUUGCUGUCCCCUUUGAUGAUAAUGACAAGAUCGUUGGGGGCCAUACCUGUGAGGAGAAUUCUGUCCCCUACCAGGUGUCCCUGAAUUCUGGCUACCACUUCUGUGGCGGCUCCCUCAUCAGUGAACAGUGGGUGGUUUCAGCCGGUCACUGCUACAAGCCGGCAAUUAACACAAAAUUUUCAGGAAGAGGGUGUGAAUGUCACCACAUCGAGGUGAGACUGGGAGAGCACAAUAUCGAAGUCCUGGAAGGGAAUGAGCAGUUCAUCAAUGCAACCAAGAUCAUCCGCCACCCCAAAUACAACGGGAAUACUCUGAACAAUGACAUCCUGCUGAUCAAGCUCUCCUCGCCUGCCGUCAUCAAUGACUACGUGUCCACCAUUCCUCUGCCCGACGCCCCUCCAGCUGCUGGCACUGAGUGCCUCAUCUCCGGUUGGGGCAACACUCUGAGCUCUGGUGCUGACUACCCAGACGAGCUGCAGUGCCUGGACGCUCCUGUGCUGACCCAGACUAAGUGUAAACUCUCCUACCCUUUCCGGAUUACCAGCAACAUGUUCUGUGUGGGCUUCCUUGAAGGAGGCAAGGAUUCCUGCCAGGGUGACUCUGGCGGCCCUGUGGUCUGCAAUGGACAGCUCCAAGGCAUUGUCUCCUGGGGCUAUGGCUGUGCCCUGAAGAGGAGGCCUGGAGUCUACACCAAGGUCUACAACUAUGUGGACUGGAUUAAGGACACCAUAGCUGCCAACAGCUAA